UGUUAAUAUAAUCUCACUUAUGACAUCGAAUCUAACGUAGUCAAGCGUGCACGCGAUAAUAAAUAUGUUUAUCAAAACUUGUUUCUUCGUUUCCCUGAUAAACGCGAGUGUCGGUGUGUAUACGACAAUCAGCAGUAAGGCUAACAAUAUUACGUUCAAGUAUAUGAAGGGAGUCGAAGGAGAAAGCGAUUUACACAAUUGUGAACCAUACGAAGUAUGUAACAUAAUUCACGACCGAUUUUGGAUGCCCGGUUUGACGGAAAGACUUUGCCGCUGUUCUAAUGGGAAAGAAUGUCCGUGGCAAUGGACGAAAACCUUUGAUAAUUCAACCAUGUUCCUCAAUAAUAGAUCCAUUCUGAAGUUCUGCACGCAAUUAAUGGAACUGAAGGUAUGCACGCAUAAACAAGAGGCAGUGACAGUAUAUGGAGAAGGUGAUACGAAUAACAGCUACAUAAUACCGUACAACGUGACAAUAAAUUGCAUAUGUCCGCAAACACAUUACUGGAAGUUGCAAAAAUACACGUACGAAGAGCAUGGUCUUGUUCAAAUAUUCAGAUGUGUCAAGAAAAGAAUGUGCGAAACUUUGGAGUUUUGCGGCUAUAUACGAGCUGACCUAUAUUCAACAUAUUACAGAUGUACAUGUCCAGAAAAACAUUUAUGCGUUUUCAAGGAUAAAACACAGCUUAUUAAUAAAAUAAAACUCAAGAGAUAUUGUGUUGCACGUAACUUACCUGUGACGACUGAUCACUCAUAG